AUGGAGGCGGUGAAGGAGGUGGGUUCGGAGUCUUCGUGCUCGUUUAUUAGAUGCCGCUGGGUCCCUGCGAAGUGUAACAUUCUUAUAUGGAUGUCGUGUUUGGACCGUAUCCCGACUAGACAAGCGUUAGCCAGGAGGAACUUUAGUAUUGAUUCGGAGGAUUGUGUUUUAUGCGGAGAAGCGAUAGAAUCGUGGAUCACAUUUUCUCGGCUUGUGAGGUCUCGCAUCAGUUCUGGAGUCGGUUUUGUAUAUGGGCGAAAAUUCCUAAGUUUUUUGUUUUCGGACCUUAUGGAGGUGCGGAAUUUCGAUGCGGUUCGUAAAGAGGCUAUGGAAAUCAUUCAGGGUCUUAUUUAUGUGGGUUGUUGGUGUAUUUGGAAAGCGAGGAAUAACAAGUUAUUUUCUAAUGGGGAGGGGAAAAGCGAGGAUAUUUUUGGGGAGGUUAGAUCUUUAGGUUUCUUUUGGUUUAAGUGUCGGUCGAAGAUUGGCUCUGUAGAUUGGUAA